AUGAACAAAAAAAUAGAUUUAGGUAAUCUUUACCGUAAAUUAUACGAAACAUACAGUGCGACUUACGCUGAUAAAAAAAAACAGCAUAUACAGGAAGAAGUUAAUACCUUAUGGAAAAUUUUGAAAAGUAGUGACAAUAUCGAAGGUGAUGUGGAAUUGAAAAUCAAAGAGCUGCAGAUACAAAUGACGAAAAAAAAAGCGACACUAAUGAAUUUUUUUUCGAAAAUUCCUUCGGCGUCAAUAUCACGAAUAAAACUAGAGCGGGAAAAGGAGGGAAAAGUACAAGGAAAUACUAACGAAGGUCAGACAGCACUACCAGAAGACACUGAUAUGGUUAAUAUACCGUCAAGUGAAAGUCAGCUUCAAACAAUACCUAAACCAACGCCUAGUCAGAGUGCUUCACGGAAUAAAAUUGUAGUUUUAGAAUCUGAACUCAAUAGCUUGUUAUUAGCACGCGAUACUGCCGCAACACUAAAACUUCGAGAUACUUUUGGGCGGCCUAGAAUAGAAGAAACACAAUCCGGUUUACUUGGAGUCAUAAAGGACCUUGCAGUUUUUGGUGGCGCAGCUGAUGAUCGACGUCGCACUGAAGCUAUAAGGUGCUGUAAAACAUUAGACGACUUACAAGCCGAACUUUGUAAACUGGGAUAUACUAUCAGUCGAUCAGGGUUAUACUUGAGACUUCUGCCCAGACGAGUCAAUACAGAGGAAGGAAAAAGACAUGUCGUAACUGUUCCUGUCAAACUAUGCAAACCCGACUCUACGCUACAUAUAAAACAUCAAGAUGGUCCAUUUUGUACUGCGACGAUAAGAAACCUUGAAUCGUUAGCUUCAAUUUUGGGCCCUGAACAAGUUUUCUUUUUAUCGAUGGAUGACAAAGCACGCGUGCCAUUAGGUAUUACAGCAGCAAACGCUCAAGCACCAAUAUUAAUGCACCUUGAUUAUCGUGUAAAAUUACCGGAUCAUGAUUUCGUGGUUGCGGAAAAACAUAAACUUAUUCCCUCUGUUUAUGCAGGUAUUGUAGUAAAGAAAGAUGGUGAAGGAAAACCUGAAGCUGUGACACAUUCCGGGCCUACAUAUGUAGCAAUUCGCAGUGGAAAGCAUUCGUCCUCUAAUGCAGAGACUCAUGCCACAGAUAUACACAAACUUACUGAAAUAUCGGCCUUCGAGAACUUCAUGAAAACUCGAGAAGGUUUUGUAAAACCCGUAUUUAUUUUUACUUGCGAUGGUGGUCCCGACGAAAAUCCAAGAUACGAGCGAGUUAUAAUUUCAGCUAUACAACAUUUUAAAGAUUUUGAUUUGGAUGCUGUUUACAUUGCCACAAAUGCCCCAGGAAGAAGUGCUUUUAACAGAGUAGAACGACGAAUGGCACCUCUUAGUCGUGAACUUACUGGUGUUGUAUUAAAACACGAUAAUUUCGGUUCACAUCUCGAUUCCAGUAAUAAAACUACUGACCUGGACUUGGAAAAAAGAAACUUUGAGAGUGCAGGCACAGUACUGAGUAAUAUUUGGAGCCAAUUGGUCAUUGAUGGAUAUCCUGUGGUUGCCAAAUAUAUUAUGCCUACAGAAACUAGACUGGAUGUUGAACAGGCUAAGGCAUUGAAACGUGAUGCGAUUUGGUACGCAAAGCAUGUCCGGGAAUCACAAUAUUUACUGCAAAUAGUAAAAUGUGAAGUGGUUUCGUGCUGUGGUGUGCAACGAUCUAGUCUUCGGCGACUACUACGAGAGGGUUUUUUGCCACCACCUGUUUUAAUUAAACAGACGUCAAGCGGGUACAUAACAACAGAAAAGGAUGAUAUCGAAAGUAAAUUCGCUCCACUGUUACUUCAAUUAUCUUUAAAACUGAGUGCGUCAUCACAUUUAAAGCAAGUACCGUAUGAUAGUUACUGCCCUAGUAUUGAGGGAUACUUGUGUAAGCGAUCAUGCGGCUUCUGUGGUCUAUAUUUUGCAUCAUAUAAAGCCACUAACCUACACAAACAACUUCAUAAGAUUAAGAUUCCCAUUGCAAAGAUACGCCCUCAAAGAAUAGCAGCUAGACGUGCCAGAGAAAUUCUUUGCUUGGAUAUUAAUGAUGAUGCCUUAUGGUUGGAUGAAAAAGAUGUUGACACCACAAAUGUUCCUGACGUGAAAAACGAAGUGAACUGUGAAGUGACUGCCAUGCCAGUCAUAAAUAAUUUAAAGGACUGGGUUCAAAGUCCAUGGACUGAAGUUGAUUGA